AGGUCUGAUUUAGUGAAAAGGUUCAUCAGACUCAGUGAUUUGCUCUUUCACAGCAGUUCUACAUCAACAUCAUGGCAUACAUUUAUGGAGACGUCAUGAAAAUAGACACCACCGGUGCAUCAGAGGCGACAGCAAAACAGGACAAAUUAACCAUAAAGGGGGUUGAAGCCUCUAAAAAACUGGCUGAGCACGAUCUGGCCCGGGUGGAGAAAUACAAGAGUAUGAUCACUAAAGUUGGCAAAGCAAAGAAGAUGGAUCCGGCUGUGAUUGCUGCCAUUAUAUCUAGAGAGUCCAGAGCUGGAGCCGCCCUGAAGAAUGGAUGGGAACCCAAAGGCAAUGGCUUUGGCCUUAUGCAGGUUGACAAAGGCUCCCACACUCCGGUUGGUGCAUGGGACAGUGAGCAGCAUGUCACACAAGCUACAGAGAUACUCAUUGGCUUCAUUAAAGAAAUUAAAGUCAAUUUUCCCAAGUGGACACAAGAGCAAUGCUUUAAAGGGGGAAUAGCAGCCUAUAACAAAGGUGUGAGUAGAGUCACUUCAUAUGAGAAUAUCGAUGCCAAACCCACCACUGGACUAGACUACUCCAAUGAUGUUGUUGCCAGAGCCCAGUGGUUCAGAAGCAAGGGUUACUGAAGAACAGCUGUUGCUGAGCUGUUAAACUCUUGUGAAAUAUAUACAAUGUAUCAACUUGACUGAAUUACUCCUCAUUAUUGAAGUUACUGUAUUUGUGUCACUUAAACAUAGCUUCUGAGUAAUACAAUCCCUUUUAAUAUCUUUGUUUUCUGGAUUCAGUAAGUAAUCCAAUAACUAAGAGCUAAAUUACAUGUCACUGCAUAUGAUAUGAUGAAAGAAACUUUUUU